AUGUUCACAGGUUUAGUGGAAACGAUCGGGACAGUACUUCUGUACACAGAAUUGGACACCUCUUCUUCGGGAGGAAAUGGGGUUUCCAUUGUCAUUGGAGACUGUUCCAGCAUCUUGGAGGAUGUUCAUUUGGGUGAUUCCAUUUCUACAAACGGAGUUUGCUUGACAGUGACAGAAUUUGAUGAGGCCAAAACUCAAUUCAAGGUCGGUGUCGCUCCCGAAACAUUGCGCCGUACGAAUUUAGGAGAUCUUACAAAGGGAUCCAAGGUCAAUUUAGAAAGAGCUGUUACUAGUGAAGUCAGAUUGGGGGGUCAUGUAGUCCAGGGCCAUGUCGAUACUAUUGCUGCUAUCAAGAGCCGAAUUCCCGACGGAAAUGCCAUUACUUUCACCUUCCAGUUGAGAGAUAAGGAAUAUAUGAGCUACAUCGUAGAAAAAGGCUUUAUUGCUGUCGACGGAACCUCGUUGACUAUUACGCAUGUGGACUACGACAAAGCUGAAUUCUCGAUCAUGAUGGUUAGUUAUACACAGAGCAAGGUUGUGAUGCCUUUGAAACAGAUCGAUGAGUCUGUCAACAUCGAAGUCGAUUUGACAGGCAAGUUGAUAGAGAAACAGAUCGAGAUUAACUUGGCCAAUCAGAUCAGCAACGAUGAUAGUGCCUUAAGUAAGCUUAUAACUAAAAUCGUAGAAAAGAAGAUAAAGGAAUUGGUUAAGUAG